CGACCGGUGACAACCGCUGACAACUGCCGAAGUGGUCAAAUAGUCGGACUGACUGCAGGAUCUCCAUUUCUGUGUCCGCUUGCUUUGGUUUCUGGUCUGUUUGCGCGGAUUAUCCUGUGUGAACGUUCAGUCAUAAGAAAAGGAAGAAGGAUCUGUCUGAACGUAGUCUGAAGAGAUACACGGGAUCCUUUUCAACUUAUUACGCCAUAUUAGGCUGAAGAGAAAGUGCGAGUGACGCAUCAGACACGACCAUCUACCUGCAUAUAUACCCAAAGCAAUCCCAAAGAUGACAACAUGGCAGAAUACUCCUGGUUCGGGAUACUAUCCACAGCAACAAGGUCCAGGUUAUCCAUAUCCAAAUUCAAAUCAGCAAAAUCCUGGUUACCCUCCAAAUCAGGGUUACCCACCGCCACCGCCACAAGAGGGAUAUAAUCCGGGAUAUCCUCCACCGUACACCGGUGGAAAUCCGCCAGGACCUGGUUUUAUACCACCCGGCGUCCCACCUUACGGUCAAGUACCGCCGAUGGCUGGAGCUCCUAUUGGCGCAGCGCAACAAUCAGGAAUGUACGGGUCCAACUAUGGAGAAGACGCUCUGGAGGGUGAAGUCAAGGGCUUUGAAUUUAGUGACAAAACCAUACGGAAUGGUUUUAUCAGGAAGGUGUACUCGAUACUUAUGUGCCAGCUCUUGAUCACAGUCUCCUUGAUCGCAACCUUUGUGUAUCACCGGCCAACACAAAAAUGGGUUCACAGUCAUCAGGAAGUGUUCUGGAUAUCAUUGGUCAUGACGUUAGUCCUGUUGAUUUGCAUGGCCUGCUGCACGAGCGUCAGGCGCAAGCCCCCGAUGAACUUCAUUUUCUUGUUCCUCUUUACGCUGGCAGAAGGCAUCGUCUUAGCGACAGCAGCAUCAAUGUACGAGGCUGACGGGGUGCUGUUGGCGGUUGGAAUCACAGCCGCUGUAUGCUUGGGCUUGACGAUCUUCGCUUUUCAGACAAAAUGGGACUUCACUGUGUUACAUGGAGCGUUAUUCGUUGCUGUUAUCAUUCUAUUAAUGUUCGGCAUUUUGACGAUAUUUAUUCACGGAAAAAUCAUGACACUGGUUUACGCCUCCCUGGGUGCUUUGAUUUUCUCGAUUUAUCUAGUCUAUGACACCCAAAUGAUGUUGGGUGGAAAGCACAAGUAUUCAAUUUCCCCCGAGGAGUACAUCUUUGCUGCGCUUAACCUCUACUUGGACAUUGUCAACAUCUUCCUUUAUAUUUUGACCAUCAUCGGCGUUACACGUAACUAGUUUUUUGUUUUGUUGUUUUUUUUUUUUAAAAAAAAUGACGUGGAGUCUACGAUCAUUAGUGGCUGCUGAGAUGAAACAGGAAACAUUUCCUUUCGCUCCACUCGCUGUUACUAUGAGACAUUUUCUUAAUAUGUACUAAUAGAUGGAAGAAUCGAGCCAAGUAAAUUAUUGAUAGAAGGAUCCCCCUUUUGAACUCCUAUGUAUCUACUUUAUAUGUAUAUCUACGCAUAUGUGUAUAUAAAAUAUCUCUAGCAGACCCGGCGGUUUUGUACAAGAAGUAUACCAAACAUUUCUUGCAAAUCACCGUUGUUAAGUCGUUUCUACCAUCCAACCACUAUCUGAAAGCUCCGCGACAGAUUUUGAGGUGAAGGGAACGGUAUCUUGUACAAUGCUUCGGAUAAACAUUUUGCACAAAACCACCGUCGUGGUUUUGAAGGUGGUUCGGUUGGUGAUAGAGGAUCUGCCUGCUAGGGAUACUUAGAUAUCAGUAUAAUCGUUGAUUUUCACUAUUAAUAUUUCUAUCGGCGUAAUGGUUUAGGAAGAUGAUUUUUCGGAGACAAAAAUCUUUCACCAUGUUGUAUAUCUUUCCCUAGAAAAUAACAGAGAUAUGAACUUUAUAUUGCUACGAUCAUUAAAAUUGGUAUUUAAUAUAGUGUAUUAAUGCCACUGACACCAUAUAACUCUGUAGUAGUAAAUGGCAAUAUCACGGCUUGUAUGUUACUCUCUGUUAUAUAUGCCUUACCUUGUAAUUAGUAACUACGCUUUAUUCACCUUCAAUUUAUGGUAAAUGAUAAAUAUAUAAUGAUGUCAAGUUGCGAUAAUGAUUGUUUACCUGCAUGUCAUUGCGUAAUACAUACGAGACGAAUUGUGGAUCGCAUUGUGGGAAGUGAAUUUACCAAAUAAAGUCGUAUACACUUA